ACGUGACGCAGCAAACGAGAUUUUAAAACGAAAAACGUCGGUUCAGCUGCGAUGCGAUGAGAUUUUGUCUCUGAACAAAUAUAAAAAUCUACAGCCAUGCUGGUCGAUGAUCUUGAACAGUUGAAAGACUGGUUGACGGCAUCUUUGUCACCAAUCUGUGAAGCGGAUCCAAGCGCACUAGCAAAGUAUAUUGUUGCCCUGGUAAAGAAAGAUAAACCUCUGUCAGACCUCAAGGACAGCUGUACUGACCAGCUAGAUGUCUUUUUACAGACUAAAACAAAAGAUUUUGUGGACACAUUAUUUGAAGUGAUAGAGAACAAGUCGUAUAUGGUAAAGAAAGAGGAAGCCCCGCCAGCUCCUGAUCAAUUGCCUGAUAGUGUCCCAGAGGUACCCCCGACAGAGAAUGAUGCUACCCCAACCUCAAGUGACCAGCAGUUGGUUACAUCAACAUCAAAAAUUGAUAUCAAAAAGGAAGAGGAAUUACAGAAAGCAUUCCCCAUCGCAGAGAAAAGACCUCUUAAGUCCAGAUCAAGAAGUAUAUCUCCUAGAACAAGAUCCAGAGAGGAAGACAGAAGACGUAGACUGGAUGAUAGACGUAACUUUGAUAGAGGCUAUCAACGUAGACGUUCAACAAGUCCAAGGUUAAGAAGAUACAGAUCAAGGUCACCAUACAGGCGAAGAUCACCAUUUAGGCCUGUUAGAAGGUCACGAAGCCCAGGACCUAGAGGUCGUGGUCGAGGUCGCUCUCGGUCAAGGUCAUGGUCCAGAAGUUGGUCAAGGUCACCAAGAAGCAGGUCAAGAGAAAGAAUGAGGUCAAGGUCUCCUGGUGGAAGAAUUAGGUCCCGGUCCCCUGGAGGACGUAUAAGAUCAAGAUCACCAGGAGGACGUAUAAGAUCAAGAUCACCAGGAGGACGUAUAAGGUCACGCUCACCUGGAGGUCGUAUAAGGUCUAGGUCACCUGGAGGUCGUAUAAGGUCACGAUCCCCAAAUGGACGUAUAAGAUCAAGAUCCCCUGGGGGACGCAUCAGAUCAAGAUCACCUGGUGGACGUGUAAGGUCAAGAUCACCUGGUGGUCGUUCACCGCGACGUGAAGUCAGAGCUAGGUCACCAAGAGGAAGAUCCCCUUAUAGACGCUCAGUAUCUCCAAGAUUUAGAUCAAGGUCACCAAGGAAAAGGUCAAGGUCCCUAGCAGGCUCUAAAAGUCCAAGGUCAAGGUCAUCAUUUUCCCCCAAUAGAUCAAGGUCUAGAUCACCAUUAAGAAAAGUGCGCAGAAACAGUCAAGACAGUCGAGGCCCUACACCUACCCAAGAGAACGGGCUUGCAGAUAGUACAAACCCAACUCCCACAGAUUCUCACAGUUCAAUAUCUGUAGUGACACAUACCUCAGGAAGAUACGGAGAAGUGCAGUCAGCAUCUAGAAUCAGGUGUAGAGACUAUGAUGAAAAGGGAUUUUGUGUACGAGGAGACCUGUGUGUAUAUGAUCAUGGUAAUGACCCUGUGGUCGUGGAAAGUGUGUCACAAUAUCCAUCAGGUCCACCACCCUCGCUCCCUGGACACCCUCAUCCACCAGGACCCCCACCUCCAAUGCACAUGGGGAUACCACCCCCAGGGUUCUUCAACAGGAUGCCAGGACCACCAAUUCAUGUUCGACCUGAUUUCCAUCAGGAGCCAUACAAUCCAGAAGCACCAGGGCUUACCAGAUCAGGUCCACCUCCAUACUGGCCAGGAGGCCCAGACAACAUGCCCCCUUUCAUGAAAGGCCCUCCCCCUUCCCACCCGCCACCCAGUCAUGUUCCUGUGAAGUCAAGACUAGGUAACAGGGAUCUUGUCAGCCUCACUGUCAGAAGAGAAGUUAAAGAUGAGCCAGAAGAUGAGGACACGCCAACAUCAUCUACCCGAACUGUGAUAGCCCCCAAAGAUGAACCACCACUGUCAGUUGCUCAGCCCCCACCCCCAGGAGUUCCAGUGCCAGAUACGAUCCCCUCUCAGCCGCCACCAGGUCCACAAGGUCACUAUUCACAUCAUCAACAAAGGUUCCAUCCAUACCAGAGAUUCCCAGGACCAAGGAAACCAUUUGACUAUAAUCGCAUCGGAGGUUACAGACGACCAGAUCAAACAAACUGUACAUUAGAAGUAAGGAAGAUACCACCAGAGUUCAACAAUAUUGCCAAAAUUAAUGAACAUUUUGGAAAGUUUGGUUCUCUUACCAAUAUACAGGUGAAGUUUGAAGGUGAUCCGGAGGCAGCUCUGGUAUCAUUCUCCUCGAACCAAGAAGCACUUAGCUGCUACAAGUGUAGUGAACCGGUGUUCAAUAACAGAUUUAUCAAACUGUUCUGGCAUCAGAAAAACAAGGACAAUGGCAACCAGGAUGCGUCAUCUGUCUCAACUACCACUCAGGGUGUCACGCAGGAAGAUUCUAAUGUAUCGGUGAAGUCCAGACUUGGACCUAUACCCCCAGCAAGCAAGAUGCAGCUGAAUAAUCUCAUAAAAAAAUCCACUGAAGGCACAGCAACGACAGAUGCUUCAGCCACUAACACACAUCCUGAACAGACGGUAACAUACAUUUCAACAGGGAUCAGUAAGACAGUGCAUAACCCUGCUGCUUUAGCAAUGGCAGCUGCGGCAAGGGCCAAGGCUCAGGCGCAGGCCCAGGCUGCAUUGUCCAGUCCUACAGCAGUGAAAGCUGCAGAUUUUGUAUCCAAAAUGGAGAAAGUAAAACAGAUUGAUGCCAUGAAGAAGGAAGCUGCUGCUAAGAAGUUGGAGAUACAAAAACACAAACAAGAACUGUUAGAGAGACAGAUAGAACAACAGAAGAAAUUGAUAGCAACCCUGGAGAAGAAUAAAGACAUGAAGGAACCAAACAAAAAGGCUAUCAUGGAAACAUUAAAGACACUCAGUAACAGUAUUGAUAAGUUGAAAACUGAGCUGAGUACCAGCAGUGCUGGUUUCAAGUCGGAUUCAGGAUUACCAGGGACGUCACUCACUGUAAAAUCUCCAGAACAAGCAAAGAAGGAAAUAUUAGACAUGGAACUUGAGCUGAUGACAAAAACAUCAAGUGGAGAAGAAACAAUAGAACUGAAGAAAAAAUUGAGUGAACUAACAAAAGUGGCAAAUUCCAUGGGUUUACUUGGGCGAGGUAGAGGCCGAGGAGCCGUUGCUAGAGGUCGCGCAGCUACCACAUGGGUGGCCAGUGGUAUUGGCCCGCCUGCAGGUCCACCUGGGUUCGGGAGAGGCAGGGGUCGAGGUGCACUGUUUGGGAAAGCUGCAGUAGCAACAAGGACUCUGGACAGACGUCCAAAAGUUGUAGAGGUUGUUGGUUUUGAUGCAGAGGAAAAAGAAGAAAUUACUAGUCAUAUAAAUGGUUUGAAGGAGGUGGAGAAAAUAGAGUUCAACAUGGACAUUCCCAGUGCAAUAGUCACAUUUAAAACUCGAAGGGAUGCUGAAAUGGGUAUUUUACAUGGCAGCAAAUUCAAGACAAAAACAUUAAAGAUGAACUGGCACAUACCGAAACCAGAUUUCUCAAGAAGUUCCAGCACAACUUCAGUUGAAACAGAGGAUCACGAGGAAAUAGAUGAGGAAGCACUGUUAGCUGGUGUAGAAGAUGAGGAGGAAGAAAAUGAAGAGGAAAGAUCAUGGAGGCCUUGACCUUUAACAUGUGGCCAUCAUUAGAUAUGACAUUUGACCUUAGUUGGAGAUUGUUUAAAACAUUUGGUUGUUACUGAGCAUUUGUGCUUUCUUGUUGCCAAUAUAGUGGUGUUAGGUUAUAGGGGAUGUUUUGUAUGUCACAGUCUUAAUUAUGAAUUAAGACAAAGAACAUUCUUGAUAUUUGAGUUUCAAGUAUUCAUAUUAUUUUAUUUGUAGCGUUGUGAAUUAAAAGAGCAGUUUUCCAUUGGUUAGCAAUCUCAAAGACAUGUUUAUUUCACACAGAUAUUGUAAGGCUUUAAUAUGUUAGCAUUGAUCUGAUUUAAAUCUAUCAAAGAAUAAAAGUAGUCCGUUAAAUACAGGUUAUUCUUAGAAAUUAUUUUAAAUCAUCAGUUAUUUCAUUUUGCGGUGUUACAUUGUCAUAUUCACAACACUUUUGUAAUCUGUAUACAUAUAUGAAUGGACAUGUCUGGAAUCUACAUGAAGUAUCAUUUUUUGCAUAUCAGUUUGGAGCUUCCAAUCUGUUCACUGGUGAAGACAGAAUUAGUUUUACACGCUGGGAUAUUGGAUGACUCGUUCUGCAAAUGAAGUCAGAACAUUCUUGAAACUUGAAACUAAGUUCAUGAAUAAAUGCAUAAAGUUGAAAGGUGAUAAGAUAGUGCUUAAAAAUUAUUUAUUUAUUUCUUUUAGUUGUUUUUAUAAAAAACAGUAUGCAAGAAAAAGAAUGAUCCCUAGUUCUAGGCUGGUGUAGGAAUAUCUACUCUUGGAUCACAGUUCUGGCGGUAAAAUUGCUUUUUCCUGCCUGAACAGUUACCCUCAAGCCAAGUAUCCCUAUCCCCACCUAGAACCUGUGAAUGAUUCUUACAAUAAAUUAAUUCCAACAUGUUCAACUAUAACACAGAAUUUGUACAUGCUUUAUUGUGUUUCUUACGUAAACUUGCAUAAGGUCAGAAUAUUUAGGCUUGUAACUGUCGAUAUAUUGUUACGUGUUUUUGAUUGCAUUUUCUGUCAAGGAUUGUUAUGUUCUAACUUGGGAUAUGUAGUUUUUUCUGUACACAUUUUUAAAAUAUUGGUUAAUGAAAAUUGUAAAUGCUACAUGUUUAUGCAUACAGUAAAAUUUGUAAACAUUAUCUGUCACAAAAAGUUCAGCCUUUUUAUGAAUUUAUAGAAUUUAAGGGUGAUAUCUAAAAAUGCACAUAGGAGAAUUAAGGUAUCUAAUAACAUACAUGUAGUUCAUUCAAGAUAAUUAUUCAAAAUUUUUAAGUAAAUAUUUGGGAAGAUUUUUGUAUUCUCGAGAUAAAAUUCUCUCUCAGACAAAAAUCUAGUGUUGUUUCAUUGUCACACUUGCCAUUUUUGAGAUGUAUUUUCCUAAUUGGGGUUUUGUGACAGAAAAUGUAAGGACUUAUUCUAUUGUAUCUUUUGAAAUGUUCAUGAAAGAGAUGAAAAAAAUAUGAAAAGAUGCUAGAGAAAAAAAAUACUUCCAUGAAAAAAUGAGAAAGAAUACAAAGAAAAAAAAUAUUCAAUGAAAAAAUUGUUUACAAAAUGUGUAUAUAAAAUGAUGAAAAGAUGUGGUUAUGAUGCCACCAAACAAAAGAAUAAAAUGAAAAAAAAAAAAACACUUCAGAGA